CGUUAAUAGUUCUUCGUUGCGUCUCCAUUUUGCACCGCGGCCGCAUGAAAAUUCUAUAACUUAUAGAAAAUUUUGCAAACGUUUGCAUUGCGAGGAAAUCUAAAAUAAUAUUGUUAAUACUAGUUAUUAACUCGCGGCAUUCCGUAGAAAAUUUUGCUAUUUGGUGAAGUUCUUAUAAAAAUAGAAUAAAUAGCAAAACUUGCUGCUAGGAAGUAUUGCAAUUGUGGUUGCUGCGCUGCCGGGUGAAUAAGGAAUACAACAAUUUUUUUUUUUGUAAUGGAGAAAAGUGGAUUUCAAUAAAAUAGAUUUUUCAAUUAAUUAAACAGUUUCUUUAUUCCAAUCAAAAUGAUGUUUACAGGCACAAACCAACAACAAGAUACUCGCUUCAGCGACAAGGAAAAAAAGCUUAUGAAGCAAAUGAAAUUUGGGGAUUGUCUAAAUAAGCGUGUGGAUAUGUCGAAAGUAAAGCUGGAUGUUUUGAGACCUUGGAUAAGUAAAAAAAUCACUGAUAUUCUUAACAUCGAAGAUGAUGUUGUCGUGGAAUUUGUGUAUAAUCAACUCGAGGAGGAGAAAUUUCCUUGCCCAAAAAAGAUGCAAAUCAAUAUGACAGGUUUCCUCAAUGGCAAGAAUGCCCGUCAAUUUAUGGGAGAAUUAUGGUCUUUACUAUUAUCUGCUCAAGAAAGCGAAAGUGGUAUACCAGCUGAGUUUAUACAACAAAAAAAAGAAGAAAUAUUAAGAAGAGAAGAUGAACUUAAGCAUGAAUCGUCUCGUCGUAAUGAUCACUCACGUUCACGUGAUAGAGAUAAAGAUAUUGAUCGCGAAAAAAGAAGUGGUGGAAGAGAGCGUUCAGAUGAAGUUAUGUCACAGCGUGAACGAGAACAGCAAUUACCAUCCAAUACAUUAAGUGCUAUAGAGCAUGUAAGGUCGCAAUUAGCUGCAAAAUCAAGAUCGGCUUCUACAGAACGAAAUAAUGUAGGUACUAAUAUUUCUAAAGAUAAGCCAGGUGUUUUAGAUAACGAUGUAGCUAGUGUAGUAACUAGCAAUAGAGAUCGUUCGAAGUCUCCUAAUUCUAGGUCUGCAGCUACAGAAACUGCUGCAACUAAAACGCGUAAUCGUUCACCUCGUAAGCGAACAAGAGAGAGAUCUAUAGUACGGGGAUCAUCACGCGAAAGGUCAUCCCCUAAUCGCCGUCGUAAUUCAUCUCGAGAUAGAAGAAGGUCAUCUCGUUCACCUAGACGUCGUUCACCUGAUCACAAUAGACGUCGACGUAGCAAUUCAAGAGAUCGUGGUAAUCGUCAUCACCAAUUGAAUCGUAGAAAAUCACGUUCAAAUUCACCGGUGAAACGUCGAGAUAAUUCACGUAAUGGAAAUCAACGUUCAUCAAAUAGAAAAUCUAGAUCUAAAUCUGCUGAAAAACGUAGGUAUUCUCCCAAGCGUACAUCUCCACGUAGAAAACGUUCAGGUUCGCGUAAUUCUAAUGCAGGCAAACCUAUAAAUGGGCAUGAAGAAGUCAAAAAAUCUGUUACAAAAUUAGAUGAAAAACCUGUGGAAAAUAAAAAAGGAAAAAAUAAAUCGCCAUCAUUUAGUCGUAGUUCGAAGUCUCGUUCUUCAUCGGUGGAGGUAAAGAGGAAUAGAGUUUCCAAAUCUAAAUCGAGAUCAAGGUCAAAUGGUAAAAAAUCAAGAAUGCCGCCGUCACGUCAACGUUCUAAUAGGUCAGCUUCACGGUCCUCAGCUGGUUCAGCACCAAAAAAUAAAACAAGGCGCUCGCGUUCUGCAAACACCAGCAUUUCUUUGUCACCAGAACCGCGUAAUGAUGAAUUUGAAAUACGCAAAAAUAAAAAUAGUGUUCAAAAGAAACGGCAAUAUCGCAAUAAUCGCGAUUCAUCGGGAAGUUCCGUCGAGAGAGAUGCUGGCAGGAGACAAAACGAUGGAAGACGUAGAGAUCCUCCUGGUAGGCGAAUGAUGUCACCCCGAGGAAAAAGUCCUCGUAAUGAUGGAGGAGGGCGAAAUCAACGUUCGCGUUCACGACGACGAUCGAAAUCACGCAAUAGAUCUCGAUCCCGUUCACCAAUGCGUCGCUCACGCUCUCCAAGAAGGUUUAAUCGUCGCCGUUCUCCUAAUCAAUUUUACCGUGGACGUGGAAAUAAUAAUCGUGGUCGCAUGAAUCAAUGGCGUCGGAGUCCAAGUAGGAAUCGUGGUGGUAAUCAAGACAGGGGACGAUUUGAUAGACGGUAUUCACCUCAACGACGAUAUUCAAGAGAAAGGCGCAUGUCUCCAAUGCAGAAUCAAUAUAGAAAAUUUUCACCUCAACGACGUUUUUCACCACAACCACAAUUUAGAAAUUCUCGAUCUAGAGACAGACGUCCUAGUCCGCGUGAUCGUCGUCCUUCAUCUCCAAUGCGUGCUUUGUCACGUGAACGUAAUACUAAUAGGUGGGAUCAAAAUAAAGCAGCGCAAAGGCCGCAAAAGCGUCGAUCAACAUCUGGAAGUUCAGAUUGGGACCAAGAUAAUAAUAGUCGCAAAUCCGUUGAGCGGGAACCACCAAUUAAAGCUAACGUACGUCGCGAUCGCAGCUUAAGUCGAUCUGUUGAACGAAAAAUACCCGAACCUAGUCCUGUUGUUACAAAAAGUUUGAAAAAUCGUGAUGUGACUGGAGAUCACACAUCUGUGGAAUAUUCGGUACCAGCAAUUAAAACAAUUGAUUUAAGUAAAGAAGAUAAAACUAUUGAAGUACGCAAAACAAAACAGGAAGAAGAAAAACAAGAGAUAGCACCGAAAAAACAAACAGCAACUAAUGUGUUGAGGCAAAAAGAUAGGUAUAGUUCAAGUUUGUCUCGAACACCUUCACCAUUCCUAAAGCCACAUGAACGCGAACAGAAUCCAAAAAUGGCUACUAAUACUGCUGCUGCCAAUAAAAAGAUUCAAUCGAAAGCCAAUGCGGAAGAAGAAAGUGAUUCUAGCACAACCGAUAGUUCUGCUGAUAGCGAUGAGGAAAGUGAAGAGGAAAUGACACAACAAAAAAUACAACCAAAGAACAGUAAAUCUGAUAAACGUGUUCAAUCGAAAAAGGAGACUUCUUCGUCUAGUGACAGUGAGGAUGAAAGUGAAGAAGAGAAACCCCGUAAAAAGGCAAACAAUCAAACUGUUGCAACAAAAAGUCAAUCCACACGAGGUAGUCAAAAGGAUACCACAACAGAAGAAAAACAGCGUGAAAUACCUGAAAAACGUAAAAAUUUAGAUAUGGUAGAAUCUACGGAAUCAUCGAUUACUAAAAAGUUUAAAGGUUCGCAUGAUACUGUCUUGAUUUCAAACACUUCCGCCGGCACUAAAACUGCUGUCCCUGUUACACGUUUUGAAAUUAAAGACUCUAAUUCAAGCGAGGAAAGUGUACAGGAACAAGAAAAGGUCCCAGCAAAAUCUAAAGUGACAGCAUCAGUAACGCGUAAAAGCAAUGCAUCAACAUCAAAUAGCAAAAAACAACGUCGCAAUUCCUCCGAUUCUGAUGAUGAACAAAUUGCUAAGAAAAAGCGUAGGAAAGCAAAAAAAUCUUCACGGAAGAGUACCGAUGAUGACAGUUCUUCAGAUUCGGAACAAGAGCAUAAAAAGAAAAAACAUAAAAAACAUAAGAAGCAUAGCAAGAAAAAUAAGAAGCAUAAAAAACACAAGAAGAAGAGCAAAAAGGCUGAAAGCAGUUCUAGCAGUUCGGAUGAUGAUGACGAUGAUGGAAAAGAAUUUACUGACAAACCGAGUAGACUACCAACAACAUUUGUAGGCGGUAUAAAUGACGAUUUAGAAAAACAAUUGCGCGAAAGAGCACUUAAAUCUAUGAAGAAGAUUGAUUGAAGAUUGAAAAUUGAAGACGCAUUUGUUAAACAUUUCUUUCUGAAUUUAUAUCAUUAAAUGCAUUAAUCUUUUUGUUCA